CCGGCGCGGGGUGGGGCAAGGCUGUCCCAUGGCCCAGCACGCCCCUUCUGCUAAGAAAACUGGGCACAGGCAGGCGUUGGCUAGAGAAGGGACCAGCCGAGCUCCUAGCCCUUCCUUUCCGCCUCAGUCCUGGUCCAUGGCUCCCGGCUCAGGCCACCCCGCCUGUCCCUCGAUGUGCAGAGCGCGAGCGCGGACGGCGUCCGAGGGCAGGGCCCCGAGCUGUGCGGUGCCGGGCACCGUGCUCCUGCUGUUCGUCUACCCGGCUUACCUGGCGCUGGGCACCGGCGUGUUCUGGGUGCUGGAGAGCCCCGCGGCGCAUGAUGCCACCGAGAGGUUCCAGCACCACAAGUGGGCGCUGCUGCGGAAUUUCACGUGUCUGGAUGGCCCGGCGCUGGACUUAAUGAUCCGGGGCAUCGUCCAAGCGUACCAGGAUGGGGACAUCGUCCUCAGCAACACCACCAGCAUGGGGCGCUGGGAGCUCAUGGGCUCCUUCUUCUUUUCCGUGUCCACCAUCACCACCAUUGGCUACGGCAACCUGAGCCCCCACACCAUGGCCGCCCGCCUCUUCUGCAUCUUCUUCGCACUCGUGGGGAUCCCGCUCAACCUCGUGGUGCUCAACCGCCUGGGGCACCUCAUGCAGCAGGUGGUGCACCGCUGUGCCCGCAGGCUGGGGAGCGCCUGGCAGGACCCGGCCAAGGCCCAGUGGCUGGCGGGCUCCAGCGCUCUCCUCUCCGGCCUCCUGCUCUUUCUGCUGCUGCCCCCGCUGCUCUUCUCGCACGUGGAGGGCUGGAGCUAUGUGGAGGGCUUCUACUUCGCCUUCAUGACCCUCAGCACCGUGGGUUUCGGUGAUUACGUGAUUGGCAUGGACCCCUCCCGGAGGUACCCGCUGUGGUACAAGAACACGGUGUCCCUGUGGAUCCUCUUUGGGAUGGCCUGGCUGGCCCUGAUCAUCAAACUGCUCCUCUCCCUGCUGGAGACCCCAAGGGGACUGUAUUCCUGCUGCCACCAUAGCUCCAAAGGGGACUUCGAGCCCCAAAGCUGGAGGCAGGGCCCAGAUGGGGAGGCAGAGCCCCACUGCCCCCAGCCAGGCGGCUCUCCAGAGGGACUUACGGAAACCACGCAGCAUCCAGAACCCUCUGCUCAGGUCUCACCCUGUGGAAGAGACAGCUAGUUAUACUCCAGAAUUUGUUCCAUCUUCUUCCACUAACCGGACCCUGAUUUUAAGCCUGGCACAUGAUGACCCAGGUGAAAGAUGACAUUUUUCAUCUUCCUUUGAGACGAGGUGCAGCUAUAUGAUUAAAUUCUGCCUGAUAGAUACGUAGAAAAGUAUCCUGUGUGACUAAUGGCUGUGACUUUCAGUGGGGUGGGGGGCAGGGAGAAGCAGGCAGUGUGUGGUCCUCUUCCUCACUUCUUCUUCUAGCUGGCUGCAAUGUUGAUAUGGUGGCUGGAGCUCUGGCAGCCUUGUUGCACUAUGAGGUAGAGGCCAUAUUUGAGAUUGAUGACACAAUAAGAUAGAAAGAGCCAGGAUCCCUGAUGA